AUGGAAAAGAAACUUGGUGUUCUUCUUUGGUUCGCGUUGUGCGAGAUUUCCCAUCCGUGAUUAUCAUUGUUGCCCCUAUAGGGACCCCUCUGGAGUUCCUAGGUAACUUUGAGUUAGUUAACGACUUUCCCUUCUUUCUCCAACUAAUUUGAAUAUUUUUUCAGAGUCAUGGUCCGCCGUUACGUUUCUGUAAGUUCUUUCAUGAUAUAUUUUCAAUAAUCUUUUAAUUUUAGUUACAAGGUCAAGCGUUUUUCGGGCUAUCGUUUCACCUUCGCACAAAACUUCGCGAAAAGUGAGCAAAUUAUUUUUAAUUAUUUUUCCAUUCAUUUUGAUCAAACGUUUUUUGUGUUAAUAUUCAAUUUAUAUUCCUUAGGCUCUUGGACAUGGAUCGCCCAACAAGGAAUGCAUUUUUCGAGGUUCUUGUCCGGAGCAUUCACGAACUCGACGCUCUACUGCGACAUCCAUCGGGUAUGCGAAAUCUCUAAACCUUUUUUUUAACAGUUUUAAAGACAAUGUUUCUGUUUGAUGAAUUAAAAACCAGCUUUUCCUAGAGUUAUUAAAAAGACUUUAGUGCGUGGCCACCUCGAUCCAUCAAUUCUAACACCGGAAGUUGACGUGGUGUGUUUCUUUUUUCAUAUUCCGUUAACAAUAAAUAAAUGAUAUUGGACCAAUCGAUUCAAAAGUGUUUACAUAAUCAUCUAUAUGGGUUAGAGGAAAAACAACCCUCAUAGGGGCGGAAAAAGUGGUCCCUAUAGGGGUAUAGAAAUUGAUCCCUUACUAGGAAACGUUUUUUACCCCUCCCCCGGUUGAACUUUUGCUGAAACUUUGCUGAAGUGUGCUUCAGGAUCCCUGAUUCCAGAACAGAAAGAAAAUUUCUCGCAAUAGAUCUCGUUUUCGAGUUAGGACCCUUCAAAAGCCCGAAAUAGCGCUUUUUUGGCCUAAUUUGCGUAUUUUGCACACUUUGAAGCUCCAUGAACUUCAAAGUGUGCAAAAUACGCAAAUUGCAAAAUACGCAAAUGUAAAACGUUUCCUGGUUAGCCCCUAAAGCUGAGUUGGACCCUAUAGGGGUCUUUCAAUUUCAUUUAAAAAACGCUUAUUUGAUCAGUUUUCCCAUCAAAAUGGUUCAGCAUGUUUCCUAUAGGGACCACUUUGCAAGUUUAAAGUGGUUCCUAAAAGGCGCUUAAGGUGGCCUCUAUAGGGACCACUCUGGAGUUCCUAGGAAUGACGGAAUAUUGUGUUUAGCGUUCCUCCCUAAAGGCGGUUCUCCGGAGACUCAAACGACAAUUCAGAGCUGCUUCGAUUCUCGCAGAUGCUGCUCACUUGGGUACUAUUUUGAAUAUGUUGAUAUUUUGAUAAUUUUGUAUUUAGGACCUCCAGCCAAUGAAGAAGAACAGGCGGCGGUGUCGGGGGUAGACCGCGUGAUAUACGCAUUGUAUGAUGAGUUCUUGCCGUUCGAUGGCUCUACCACUGAGUCCGACUAA